UGCGCAUCUCGUAGCCUGCCCCUCGGCGAUCUCAAGAGCCCCAUCGCGGCGCCUCUCUUCCUCAGCCCCCCUUCGAUACCCCCGAUAAAACCCCCUUCCUCCCUCGCGCUGGUCGUCUCCUCCCACCCCGCCUCGUCUCCUCCGAAGGAAGGGAGCCGUGCGCCACCGAGGAGGCCUCGCCUAUGGCGCUCUCCUGCAUGAGGUGCCCCGCGGGUGCCACCGCAGUCUCCGCCCGACGCGCUGCGGCCCCAGCCCCGGCCGCGCUCUCCUUCGCCAGAUGCGGCCUCGGGAGGUCCGCCUCCGCCGCCGGGUGGCGCAUCGACGCCGUCGCCCCGCAGGGAGUGAAAAUUCCAAUCCAUGCUGCUGUGGAGAAUGCAGUCACACCUACUACCCCAUCAAAGGUGGAAAAUGGAACUCCUUCAGAAAUCACUCUGGAUGAACUUGAAGACUUGAGUGCUCUAUCGAAAAAUGAUGAUUCUACUGUUAGCAUCACAGUAGUUGGAGCAUCUGGUGACCUUGCCAAGAAGAAGAUAUUUCCUGCCCUUUUUGCUCUCUACUACGAAGAUUGCCUUCCAAAGCAUUUCACUAUCUUUGGCUAUGCACGGAGCAAGAUGACAGAUGCUGAAUUGAGACACAUGGUCAGCAAAACACUGACUUGCAGAAUAGAUAAAAGGGAAAACUGCAAUGAGAAAAUGGAAGAGUUCCUCAAAAGAUGCUUCUAUCAUUCAGGCCAAUAUGAUUCAAAGGAGCAUUUCAUGGAGCUAGACAAGAAGCUAAAGCAACAUGAGGGUUCCAGAGUUUCUAACCGUCUUUUCUACUUAUCCAUACCUCCUAAUAUAUUCUUGGAUGUUGUAAAAUGUGCAAGCAAAUCAACAUCUUCUGUUAAUGGUUGGACAAGGGUAAUUGUUGAGAAGCCCUUUGGUCGGGACUCAGAGUCUUCUGCUGCGUUAACAAGAGGUCUGAAGCAGUACCUUGCGGAGGACCAAAUCUUCAGGAUUGACCAUUAUCUUGGAAAAGAACUGGUGGAGAAUUUAUCUGUCCUCCGCUUCUCAAAUCUUGUUUUUGAGCCUCUCUGGUCAAGGCAAUAUAUAAGGAAUGUACAACUUAUAUUCUCAGAAGACUUUGGCACUCAAGGACGCGGAGGGUACUUUGAUAGCUACGGUAUUAUUCGUGACAUAAUGCAGAACCAUCUUCUUCAGAUACUAGCCCUAUUUGCAAUGGAAACUCCUAUAAGCUUGGAAGCAGAGGAUAUAAGAAAUGAGAAGGUUAAAGUUUUGCGGUCCAUGAAACCCUUGCAAAUGGAAGAUGUGGUAAUAGGACAGUAUAAAAGUCAUACAAAGGGUGGUAAUACGUACCCUGGAUACACUGAUGAUAAGACAGUGCCAAAGGAUAGUAUUACUCCAACAUUCGCCGCAGCUGCACUUUUCAUAAAUAAUGCUAGAUGGGAUGGAGUUCCCUUUCUUUUGAAGGCUGGAAAAGCUUUGCAUACAAAGCGGGCGGAGAUUAGAGUACAGUUCCGACAUGUUCCUGGAAAUCUCUACAAGGGGAGUUUUGGCACUGAUCUUGAUAGGGCCACUAAUGAGCUUGUGAUACGUGUGCAACCGGAUGAAGCUAUUUACCUGAAGAUUAACAACAAGAUUCCUGGUCUUGGUAUGCGACUAGAUAGAAGUAAUUUGAAUCUUCACUAUGCAGCAAGGUACUCGAAGGAGAUACCAGAUGCUUAUGAGAGGCUCUUGCUUGAUGCCAUCGAAGGCGAGCGAAGGCUUUUCAUCCGCUCGGAUGAGUUGGAUGCUGCAUGGUCGCUCUUCACACCCCUUCUGAAGGAGUUGGAAGAGAAGAGGAUUGCUCCUGAGCUCUACCCUUACGGAAGCCGUGGACCUGUCGGCGCUCACUAUCUUGCAGCAAAGUACAACGUCAGAUGGGGUGACUUGAGCGCAGAACACUACAAGGCAUAAUGCAUAGCUGAUUAUAUUUUUGUGAUGUUCUUGCUGUUCCAUUUCUGCAAGGUUGCAUGUCCUGUGGGUGGAAUAAGAUGCAAGAGAAAAUAGAUGAUAAUAAGGAGAGCAGUUGACUAGGUUGGAAGGCAUGUAUCCAUAAAUUAUUAGACUAUGAAUGGCUCUGUUGGCGUAAUUACUGUUGGCAAAAUUCACCUGUUUCUGUACCCAAUGUGUAAUGAUACCGUUGGGCUGUUGCUUCU